AUGGAAGAUGCACAUGCCGCCGUCCUCGACCUACAGCCCGACGAAAGCGGCAAAUCCAGACAGCCAUCGGCACCAGAUAAACGGUUAUCGUAUUUUGGUGUCUACGACGGGCAUGGUGGGGAAAAAGUCGCGCAGUUCGCAGGAGAGAAUAUCCACAAGAUUGUCGCAAAACAAGACUCGUUCGUCAAAGGAGAUAUUGAACAAGCCUUGAAGGAUGGCUUCCUCGCUACCGAUCGUGCAAUCCUAAAUGAUGCCCGUUACGAAGAUGAGGUGUCCGGAUGUACCGCGUCCGUUGGCAUCAUAUCAAAAGACAAGAUAUGGGUGGCGAAUGCUGGAGACUCUCGCACGGUACUCGGCGUCAAAGGGAGGGCGAAGCCGCUGUCCUUCGACCACAAACCCCAGAACGAAGGCGAGAAAGCCCGUAUAAGUGCAGCCGGAGGCUUUGUGGACUUUGGUCGAGUCAACGGCAAUCUCGCUUUGUCACGUGCCAUUGGCGACUUUGAGUUCAAGAAAAGCGCCGACCUUUCUCCCGAGCAGCAGAUUGUCACAGCCUUUCCCGACGUGAUUACGCACGAAAUCUCGUCUGACGACGAGUUUUUAGUGAUUGCGUGCGAUGGUAUAUGGGACUGCCAAUCUUCGCAAGCGGUGAUCGAGUUUGUGCGGAGAGGUGUUGCGGCCAAGCAAGAAUUACAUCGCAUUUGUGAGAACAUGAUGGACAAUUGCCUCGCGUCCAACAGUGAGACCGGAGGCGUAGGCUGUGACAACAUGACGAUGAUUGUGAUCGGUCUGUUGAACGGCAAGAGCAAAGAAGAGUGGUAUGAGAUGAUCUCUAAACGAGUGGCAGACGGCGAUGGACCAUCUGAAUUCCGCGGACCGGGCGUCCGACAUCAGUUUGAUCAUGACAGCCCAGACGAGUACGAGCUUGACUUGGACCAUCGGCAAAGAGCGUUUGGAGGCCGGAGUGGCAGGAUUAUUUUGCUCGGGGAUGGGACAGAGGUCCUGACAGAUUCAGACGACACGGAUAUGUUCGAUCAAAGCGAUGAAGACAAAGAUGCGGCGAACCAGGUCAAGAAGGGCACUCCAGACACAACAGAUAUCGAGUCUGCGCGAAGUGAACGAGAAGGGACCCCGGCUCCACAAUCAGCUGGCGAUGGAUCGAAAGCGUCGAGUCACCAUGAUGCGUCGCACAUCAAAGACACCGAGAUCAGAGGAACAGCGGAUGAUACGACCCAGAAGACGGCUGCCUGA